AUGAAAAAUGAAAAAAAAAAAAUACAACAGGAAGAACAUAUUUCAAAGCUCACUAAAAUAAGUGGUUUUUUUACAAAAACAAGUGGAUUGCCAACUAACGUUUUACCUGAACAUAUGGACAAAUUUGUUCACUCUGAUAAAAAUUCGACCACAGAUUUAAUAUCAAAUGACGCACACACAGAAAACAAGACAGGAGGGUUGCUCAGUUUUAAUACUGAAACUUAUAAGUCAACUGAUGAAUAUGAAAUUAUUGAAAGUACUACUCCCCCGGUUUUUACUGAACAUUUGAACAAUUGUUUCCCCUCUGAUGAAAAAUCGACUAAAGAAUUUGACACCACCGAAUUUACUGAAAAAAACGAUGACUGUGAACUCGAUUUAUCGGAAAGAUUUCCAACCGACCGAGGAAUGUUUAAAAAUUGUAUAAGCGAUAAAUUAAAACGUGAAAUUCUGAAGUAUGGGCCUUGUAAGCCAGAAAUAGAUUUUCCUCUUAAUGACUCGAAAAGAAAAUUUUCAAAAAUAUAUUACUACGUGAAGUUAAAAAAUGGUACACUUAUUCCUAGACCGUGGCUUUGUUAUUUCGUAAUUUGGGAUAUGGUUUACUGUGAAACUUGCUGGAUUUUUUCUGGUAAAAAUAAUUGUAAUCUUAAAAAAGAAUGGGUAGAAGGAAUAAAUGACUGGCAACAUCUCUCUCAGAAAAUAAAUAUUCACGAAUCUUCACUGUCACAUUUGAAUGCUAUAAAAGUUAGAACAAUGUGGACAAAAAAUUUAACUAUCAACAAAGAAUUUGAAACACAAAUAUCAAAAGAAGUGAAAUUUUGGAGAGAUAUAUUGACGCGCAUAGUUAAAAUAAUACUGACUUUAACUGCAGGAAAUACUGCUCUAAGAGGCAAUGAAGAAAAACAAUAUUCUGAAGGAAAUUUUCUUAGAACUGUGAAAUUAGUAGCUGAAUUUGAUCCUAUUUUAAAAUCAGUAUUUGACAAUUAA